AGACAGGAGUGGUGGAGAGCUGACGGAGCAUUCAGCUCUCUCUGGUAUCACUUACAUAGUUUUACCAGCAGGACUGUCAUUGGCUUAUAAGAAUUGCUAUCAGGAAUUUUAAUCAUUCCAAACCCCUUUGGGACCCAAGAUCUAUAGGGAGACAUUUGAUCAAAAUUGAGUGCAGGGCAUACAUACUAAAAAGUGUGAACUAAGUGAACUUUGCAUUAUGUUUGGUACAGCAAGGCAGUUAGUUUAUGGAUACGGCUACACAUGUGAAGAGAGCAAAUAGUAGCCAGAGAGAGGACAGGAAAAUAUUUUGGAUUGGAAUUUUGAAUGUUCUUUAACUGCCAUCAAAAGGGGUGGGAGCUCAGUGUAGUAAAUCAAGAAAAACAUACAGUUAAUGUUGGUGUUUAUUUGAAGAUCAUAGCAGAACACUAUUGGAUGUCAUGAUCAUGAAGCCCCACCUCCAGUAUUACCAUAAAGAUCCAUAAAGAACAUUGAGAGAGGCCUAGAGGGAGGGCUGUUGCUAUUCAUGGACUACAGUGCAAGAUCAAUUUCAUUGAUGGGGACCUGCCUAUAGAAGUGUCCAAUAUGGAACAUUUAUUAAUCCUAUCCCAUCCUGGGGAUGUGUACACAGGAAAAUUGUGUUAAAGAACACCACAUCUUCUUGGCAAGGGAAAACUGCCCAGCAAGACUAUUAUAGAGGAAAGCAUUCUGUAAGAGUUUUCCACACACACAUGCACACGCACAUGAUGAAAGCCACGACAAGACUGACUGUGAAAAGAGGAAAAGUGUGUUUUUAUUUUUAGUUUGCCUCAGCAUGGUGGUCAUGAGCCUCCGUGCUGGACUUGAUUACAGCAGAGAGCUGACUGCUGGGCCUCUGGAGCUAAAGCUGAUGUGCUGUGAAGAUAUUGUUAUUACGUAGAAAACAUACUCCCAGGACUGUUCGGAUAUAUUUCAUUGUUUCUCAAACCCCACCAGUUAGAGCCACCUACCUAUAUCCACCACCUGGGAAUAGAGCCAUGGGAAAUAUCAGCACUGUGACCAAUGCCUGUGGAAUAUUAUUGUAAUAACGUGUAUUGUUGUUUAUAGUCAACACUAGGAAAAUCAGUACCAUCCAGGAAUUGCGCCAUAGGAUUGUUUAAGGGGAUUUAUACACAUACUUCUUCUUUAUACUACCAGUACUACAAGUAUGACUAGAAAGGCAUAGGUGGAUUAGAUAUAUUCUAACAAGUGUCCCUUGCCUGCUGCGCUAUGAUCAUGAGUGUAAUGCUGUGGACUUGGGAGAAAAAUAAUGUGCGCAUUAAAAAGAUCUACACAGACUGGGCCAAUCAUUACCUAGAGAAGAACAAGCAGAAGCGCCUCAUCACUGACCUGCAGCAUGACAUUACUGAUGGGGUUCUGUUGGCUGAUGUUAUUGAAGCUGUCACCAAUCAGAAGGUGCAGGACAUCAAGCAGAAGCCCAGGACAUCCUCACAGAUGAUAGAGAAUCUCAACACCUGCCUCACAUUCCUGGCCCAUCUUGGCGUCAAUGUAGAAGGACUGAGUGCAAAAGAUAUAAAAGAUGGCAACUUAAAGGCAAUACUUGGGCUGUUCUUUAGUUUAUCUCGCUUCAAACAGCAACAGAAGCAACAACAGCAGCAGCAACAACAACAACAGGUGGUCACAAAUACAUCAUCAACAACAAGACAAGACAGUGGCAAGGCAGCUCAAGCUAACGGAGGGGAUAUGCUUUCAAGGUUACCCUCACCAUUCAAAUCUUCCAGCAAAGGCUCAAUGACAAAGGAGGCACAUCAUCUCAAUGGGGAGAUCCCCAGCAACUUGAAUCGUACCAGGGGCACCAGCAAGGCUGCCACCAAUAAUAACACCAUCACCUCAGGUUCAUCACUGCCAACUUCUAAGACCAGCAAUCUCCGUGAGUCUGGAACCACACGGUCCACAUCCCCUGGUGUUACUUCCAAUAUUCCAAUCCCUGGGGGCAGAGGUCUGACUGGCAGUAGAACUCAGACUUCAGACAAGAACGCUAACCGCCUUCCCACGUCAACAAGUACCAGUUCGGCAAGUUCUGGCUCUUCAUUAGGGAAAGGAACCAAGGGCGUGUCUCUUGGGGCUCAGAAGUCUGCAGUUUCAGGAAAUAAGAACUCUAUGUUGGACAAGUUCAAGUUCUUUAAUUCUAAAGACAAAAGUAAAAGUGGAGUAAACAAAAGUGUGUCUCGGAGUACAACAAGCUCCUCCAAUAAAAGUGACUCUGACCGUUCCUCACAUCGGAGUAGCACUGGUAGUGGGGGCGAUGGAUCAUCUUCCAUUGUUUCUGAUGAUCCCAAAGGUGUUCCAAAGCCUGCUGGAAAGGUAGUUAAAAAGACCAUUGGUCGCAGUGGGGUCGGAGCUGUGCGGUCACCCAGUUCUUCUAAAGUGAGUGAGGACAGACGGACUACACCGCCAAAUUCUGGCCGUGUGUCACCAGCUACAAGUUACAAAUCUACAGCAAGUGCCAAAAGUGAUAGGACUUCAGCCAGUGCACGCAGUGGACAAAGCAGUCCUGGCAGCUCAAGGAAAUCAAAAAUUGCAAGUUUGAUUCCUAAAAAUAGUACCCCUGGUAAAGUGGGGAAGACGUCCCCAGUGAGUAGUCAGACUAGUAUCCCUACUGCAUCUACAGGCAUCCCAAAACCUGGGAGUGUGGUAGGGAAAAGUACAAAAGGGGCCAGUAGGGAGGACCUGAAAGGUCCUAGCAGUAUUAGUAAUAGUAAUAGCAGUGGUGCUGCUGCUGGGGGAAGCACAAAGACAGGACUGGCUGCUCCACACAGUAGACCUUUGCUGGGCACCUCUGCAAGUUUGAGGGCAUCCCAGCGAGCAAAGGCCCUGGCUGGUGGCUCAAAGAGCAGUGGCAGUCAGCUUCCCCCACCUGGACACAUGCAGGGAAUGCAGACCUUCCAGCAGCACCAACAGCAGACUCCAGGCAAGAGCCUGCUAGACAAAACACAUGCUGAUCACAAUGCAAAUACUCAAACAACUUCUUCCAGCAAGGUACAGGCGAGGACUGUUCCAACAUCAACAGUGCAAUCUUCUGCUCAACAAAACAAUAGCACUGCUGUCCCCUCUGCAGUGGGUGCUGGACACAAAAAUGCCUCCUCGGCGGGGUCUGGUCACCACCAUGCUGGCCAGGGGUCAACUGCAAAUCACAGUAUUAAAACAAGCAGCUCACAGACCAAUAAUGUAAGUGCCACAAGUAGUGUGAGCAAGUCUAGUGGAGGCACACAGACUGGAAGCAGUAGUCUGGCUCAGCCAAAGAUGGUCAGUAGUGGAGGCACACAGACCAACUUAUCUGCUCUGCAGAAAAUUCACAGCCAGAAAAGUGGAAUACCAAAGCAAAAUAUAGAGGACAGUGUAAAAUCAAAGAGUAAUAUACCAGGGAGAAGCUCGGGCAGCAGCAGCCCUGCACUCAAACGCAAAGAUCUCAAUAAUGUUCGGUCUUCUCCAUCUUAUAGUAUGAGUAGUGGAGACUCCUCAUCAGGACUAAAACGCAGUGACUCUUCCAGUCCGUCAACAAGUAAGAGCACGACAUCUUCAAAUGACAGUGUAAUUUAUAAGCCCUCCAGCUGUGACGAUAUGUCUGGUGUGGAAAGUGACAGCAGCCCAGGCAGGUCUCAACAGUCCAGUAACAGUAGAACAACUGCCUGUGUGUCAAACUCUGAAUCUAAACAAAAUGCUCAAAAUGCUCAGCUCAGUGGGGUAGCCAACAGUGACAGUAUAAACAGUAGUAGUAACACAAAAGUUGAGACCACAUUCAGCAAUGAUGUUAAAACGGAGUCUUUGGGACCCAGCACUGAAAGCAGACAGCAAGGGGGCACCCCACCAAAACAGCCCUCCAAGGAAACCACAAUAGGGGAAGAUUUAGAAGGAGGUGCUGAGGACACAGUUGACAUCAAACCCAUGCAGCCUCUGUCACGAUCAUACUUGAAGGGACUGUCUGGUAGUGGUCAGAAGGGACCCCAAGGUAGUGGACCCAUUAAUGGCCAGAGUGUACCCCACUAUCUCAGCACCACAUCAAGUAGAUAUGGGAUUAACAAAUCCUUGCUGGACCCAGUCAAGGUGUAUGCUAACUCACAGAGAAGACUGGGCUCUAAUUACGGAAUGUCGUCAGAUUAUUCCGACUACUCUGAUGUUGAGUGUUAUGCAGAUAUGACAGCAGGGUACAUGUCAGAUGGAGACAUCUUGAAGAGUAAUAGAAUUGAUGACUUCAGUGGUUAUCUCAGUGAAGGUGGGGCUUCCAUGUAUGCACGGAGAAUGCAGCAACGAUUCCGUGAAGGGAUGCAAGCUGUGCGGGAAUGUAUGCAGAAGAGUGCUGGGCUGAUUGACGACGAUGAUGAUAGUUUUGAUGACAGCAGCUCCAUCAGCAGUGGGGACAUAAGUGACACCAUCAAUGAAAUCAGCACUGACGAAAACUACAGCAGUCCACAACAUAAGACCAAGGGCAGCAAGCAAGGAGCCCUAACCAAUGGCAACACUCCACCUAAGUCACAUGGUGGCAUCCAUGGUGAUCCUGCCAUGAUGGCCGCUGGUUUACCCUGGAGAAAAUACUCAGAUGGCAGCCUUGGGGUGACUAGUGGUGGAAUGCCCAGAAACGAGGGUCCAUGGAUAAAACAAACUGACUUAAAGGCCGGCAGCCCAGGUGCUUAUGGGUCAUUGCCAAGGAGACCUGGCAUGGGGUUGAGCAGAACUUAUGACAGAGUUGAUGAUAUUUUGCAGAACUCUGCAGGAAGUGGAGGCUCUCCACCAGGUCAGGGCUCCCCAUGGCUGGGCCAGGAUGGAGAAAAUGGUCCAAACAUGUUCCAAAGGAAUCAAAAUGGCAGAGCCAGCAGUGGUCCUGUGUAUGGAUUUCGCCGGCCAGUCAGCAGCACCAGUGUUGGUUCUAUUGGAAGCAAUGGCUCCAGAGCCUCGGGAAGGUACAGCAAUGCAGGGAUGGUGGGUGGACCCAAUUAUGAAAACAUUGGGCCUUUUACCAAUGGUCCCCACAGUCCAUAUGCCUCUCCUAAUAUGUUGAAUGGCAGUAAAUCAGUGACUGAUAUGAAUCCUGAUGCAUUCAGUUCCAACUCUCUGGAUAGAAGGCACCGAGGGUUGGCCUCCUCAAAGACUCAGUCUGGCCUCUCAACCAGCAAUGACCGAAUAGAUCCCGAUGCAUACAAAUCUAGCACCCUGGGACGCAGGCGUCCUGGUGACAGCACCCUGCGUGAAAGGUUAUUUGGCAGUCGGUCCAGUCUGACAGGUGGUAACAAAAAAGACGAUGAAGCCUCCACAAACAAGUGCAAUAGUACCAUCAUUUCUAACCCACAUGCCACCUUAAGCAGGAGGUCAGACUCUGGAAUACCUGGAUCGGGCAAGCAAGGUUUGCCUUUCAUGAACGACUUUUUGUCUCCGGACUAUGCGCAGAACCAUCGAGGCUCUGGAAUGUAUGGCACCGAUCCCACCAGUCCCGCCGCCUGGCUGAGAUCUGCACAGAACGGCAUGCAGCAGAUGUCAGGCACAGAGAGCAUGGAGUCGCUGUCUUCUUCUUCCAGUAUUCAAGCUCAGAUUCAGCAGGCAAGGGCUCUGAGCUUGGCCAAUGCUCAGAUCCUGGCCCAUGCCCGUGGAGGAGGAGCAGCAGGAGACGGCGGGCGCGUGGAGAGGUCAAACAGUAUCAAAUCUUCUCAGUCCGAGAGAGGCUACCCUGUCAACUGCCAAACCAACCCUGAUCUACCUCGUACAAACUCAUAUGGCAACUUGGAUAAUGGUGGUGGUCCUGUGAGUCCAACUCCCAGCAACAGUUCCCAGUCCUCCUCCAGGUUCACCUACCCACUGACUGCCCUCAGUAGCUCUAUGUAUACCAGCACUCCCAGCUCAAUGGUACAUUCAAACAGCUCCCACUCAAACCUGCCCUUUGGUGGACUCCUGGCCAUGGCACAACUGGGGAACAGGAAUGACGAAUUGCAUGGGUCGUCACUCUCCCUGCAGUCUUCAUCAUCCUCAAUAUACUCAACUGCUGAAGAGAAGCAGAAUGCAGAGAUACGCAAGUUGAAGAGAGAACUGGAGUGUGCCACAGAGAAAGUCUCGACCCUAACCAAUCAGCUGAGUACAAAUGCUCACGUCGUUGCUGCAUUUGAACAGAGUUUGUCUAACAUGACUUCCCGCCUUCAAAACCUGACAUGCACAGCAGAGGCAAAGGACACAGAUGAGAUCCUUAAAACCAUCGAAGCCUUGCGACUCCAGCGAGCUCUUGUACGAGUCGCCCGCAUAAAUAUGAUGUCCACCGAUUGGAAACAGGCUGAAGACACUGAACUUGCAGAAUUGCGUGCUACCAUUGAGGCACUGAAGAAACAGAGCACCACUCUGCCCUUCCAACAGAUCAACUUAGCAGAUGCCCCUCUCAGCCCCAACAGUGCGCGUAGACAUGCAUCUGUAUCAUCCACUGGCUCAGCAUAUGGUGGCGAGAAUGCCACAUCAGGAAAUGGCCGUAUAAGUCGUCAGAUGUCCUCUGAGAGCAUGUCCAGUCUGAACAGUAUGUCCAGUGCCUGCAGUGCCACCAGCCAGCAGUCCUCCACCACAGAUACUGAGAGUGGAAAGAAGAAGAAGAAAGGCAAGGGGGGAUGGUUACGCAGCUCCUUCAGUAAAGCAUUCUCUCGAAAGAAAAACAAGAACGGGUCUGUAUCUGAUGUGGAGCCUGACACAGCCAGCAUGCGGUCAGCGGACUCGGUGCCCAACUCCCCCAUGGUGUCCACUCACAUGCCCCACGGGAUCCACAUGAUCAAUGGACCAAACACUCCCGUCACACCCUCGCUGUCUGCCUCUGGUCUAUAUGAUGGCAUUGAUGGAGCAGCAUCUGGUGAAUCUGUUGUCAAAUUAAAGAAGCAAUUGCGUGAGAAGGAUAUGAAACUAACAGAUAUUCAGCUCGAGGCCUUGUCGUCUGCUCACCAGUUAGAUCAACUCAGAGACACCAUGAAUAAGAUGCGGGAUGAGAUGUCCUCACUGAAGGCUGAUAAUGACAGGUUGCAGCGGAUGAUGAACAGCAAGUCAUUGACCUCUUCUCAAAGCUCUGACCUGGAGCGAGAAAGAAGGAGCACAGGAUCCCUAGACCGGGAGAGAAAGGUUGGGCUGGGACAGCAUCCCAGUCUGGAGAUGCUGCUGUCCCAGGAAAGUCCUGAUAAAACUGAGGGCAGGAAGAUAGCCAUAACUGUGCUACUCACACCUACUGGGGAUAUUGGGAAAGUAACAGAGGCCAGUAACCAGCCUGAGGUGGUGAUAGGAGCCAUCCCUGUCAGUGGGAAGAUGAAGUGGGAUAUGUUGGACUCCAUAGUGAGGAGAAUGUUCAGAGAAUAUGUGCUGAGAGUGGAUCCUGUCACCAACCUUGGCCUUAAUGCUGAAAGUGUACUGGCUUAUCAUAUAGGAGAAAUCACAAGAACAAAAGAUUCUGGGCUGCCUGAAUUACUGCCCUGUGGCUACUUGGUGGGGGAUACUACCACUAUACAGAUUAGUUUGAGAGGUGUCUACCAGAACAGUGUAGAUGCGGCUGCUUUCGAGACCCUCAUCCCAAAGUCCAUCAUGCAGCGCUAUGUUUCGUUACUGCUGGAGCAUCGCAGGAUUAUCUUGUGUGGCCCCAGCGGCACGGGGAAGACGUAUCUAGCUCAGAAAAUGGCCGAACACUUGGUUAUUAGAUCAGGGAAAGAGUUGUCCAUGGGUUCAAUAGCCACCUUCAAUGUUGACCACAAGUCCAGCAAAGAGCUGCGGCAAUAUCUGGCCAACAUAGCUGACCAGUGUGAGAGCAGCAAUGUGGGGGAUUUGCCCAGUGUUAUCAUCCUGGAUAACCUCCAUAAUGUCAGCUCACUGGGAGAGGUGUUCAAUGGCUUCCUCAGCUGUAAAUAUCAGAAGUGUCCAUACAUAAUAGGCACAAUGAAUCAGUCUACCUGCUCAACCACCAACCUCCAGCUUCACCACAACUUCAGGUGGGUCUUGUGUGCAAACCACAUGGAACCAGUGAAAGGAUUUCUGGGAAGGUAUCUGAAGAGAAAACUAAUUGAAGCAGAAGUUACUGGAAUCCGCAACAAUGACUUAGUUAAGAUCAUCGAAUGGAUGCCAAAAGUUUGGGCACACCUCAACAAGUUCUUAGAGACACACAGCUCUUCUGAUGUAACAAUAGGUCCUCGCCUGUUCCUGUCCUGUCCAAUGGAUGUCAAUGGUUCCCAAGUGUGGUUCACAGAUCUGUGGAACUACUCCAUUGUACCCUACCUCCUGGAGGCUGUCAGAGAGGGGAUACAGCUGUAUGGGCGUCGUGCCCCCUGGGAAGACCCUGCAGAGUGGGUCAUUGACAGUUACCCAUGGUCAAAGAAAGAUGAUGGGGGAGAUGGGCCGUCCUUGCUGAGACUGAGGCCUGAAGAUGUUGGUUACGACUCCCAGGGGUUGCCUGCAGGACAGAAGGCUCCCAAGAGUGCUGCUCAGAGUGAAUCUGAGGGAGAUCCAUUAUUAAAUAUGUUGAUGAGACUCCAAGAAGCUGCCAGUUACUCCAGUCCUCAGAGUCAGGACAGUGACUCCACCAGCCUGGACAGUCAUAGCAGCAGUCUCAGCAGUGGAAUCCAGGACAUCUCCAAUGCUACUGUAGAGUCCACAAUAUAACAGACAUAAUACCAGACAUCACUAGAUCAGUAUUGAACAGACAGGAGCAGUGACAGAAAUGAAACACAAGACAUUCUCAAAUGUUUGUAUAAACUGAACUGCCAGAAACUGAUGAAUAUUUUGCUGUAUAAUCCUGCCAGGUGCCCAUGCAAGUGAAAUAUGUGGUAGCAGUUUGGAUGAAGCAGUUAGUGACUGUCCUACCAGUAACCAUGGCACUGUUGACGAAGUUUCAGUUACCAUGGAAAUAAUUCUAUUCAGUCUCCUUGGCCCAACUUUCAGGCUCAAGGUUAAAAACUGCAUGCCUGACUGUGAUUCAUCAGUACAAUGCAGGAAACCAGUAACUUCACAUGCACUUUAUUAGUAGACUUGUGGAUCAUCAGUAUAAACUGCAGAUAUUCAGCAAGGAUGGUGUAUGUGACACCAUAUUUGCAAUCUGAGCUAGUAUUCAAGAUUUUUGAACAUGUAAGAUAGAUUUGCUUUGAGUGAAGUGUAUGAUUAAAAUACAAUGACAGUUAUUUCACAUCUCAAAAGUAAAUGUUCUUAGUGCCUGCAAGGGGAAAUUCUUGCAGAGAUCAAAGUCCCAUAUUUACAGAAUCAUGUUGAGAGAGGUGUUCUGUACAAAGUGUGUUUUUAAAGUGCACAAAAUUGUGGAGAGAAAAUGCAAACAGGAGUAUUUAGUAUCAAGUUUGUAAAAAAAGCAAUGCAAUGAUACAGAAUGUGCCAACAUCCUAAAUAUAUAAGUUUUGGUGCUUUGUACAAUAAAUAUUUACUAAAACAGAACAUCUACACAGUUUUUAUAUACAUUUCUGUGUGUAACUAUGUAGCAUAUAUGUUGAUGUACACUUUGCUAUGCAGGGAUUCCAAAGCAAUGUCACAGUAACUCAUUCAGAUUAAGUAAAAGCAGCAAUAGCAGCUGUGUCUACAGGGAGCAAGUCUUAUCACACAGACUGAACUCCAUCAGGCUGUAUUUCUAUGGGAUAUAGAAUGCAGUUAUCAAAUAAUAACAGUGAAUAUGUAGAAUCACGAAAAAAAACUUUGGAUCAAAACAAGAAGUGAUUAUCAUAUGUUUUAAUACAAAGAUCAAAGCAUAAUUGAGCACACUGGAUGUGACAUUUAUGUUGUGUAUAUUCUAUUCUUUUUUAUGUGUUUUAUCACUUUGAUCAGGAUUCUUUUUAAAAAAACAAACCUGUAAGACAUACAGGCAGUUAAUGUAAUUUGUUAAUACAUAUUCCUGCAACAAAAUGUUCACUUUUUUCCUAAAUUUUUUAUGUUGAGAAAAGAAAUGAAGGAAUGACAUGUGAUAGGAAUAAGGAGAACUUGUAAAGCACACUUGAUAAGAUUGAUCAAAAUGCCUUGUUUUAUUUAUUGUACAGUGUAAGGUAUUGUUUAUUUAUUUGUAUGUGUACAUACUGUGAAAUGUAUUUAGGUAGUUAGAUGGUCUUAUGUGGUAUAAUGUGUGAUUUGGGGCGUAAUAUUUUUACUUUCAACUGUAAUUACAAGUAAUUAUAAAUUGGAGUGUGGUAAAUUUUACCCAUACAUUAUGUGCUUCCUAACACUACUAAGAAACCUGUAGAUGCAGACUGCCAGAAUUAACAGAAAUUUGUUUAGAUGUUGCAUUAGAAAUGAAAAAUCACAUUACUUCAUGCCCAUCAAGUCUAAACCCAAAUAAAGAUGUUUUAUUUUGUUCAUUUAGAAAGAUA